UUCCUCAUACAGAGGGCACUCCCAACCACUACAUAAAGGGACAUGUCUCCAUAGGUGUGGAAAUUAGUCUACGAAAAUAUGGACCAGACAACACUUCUGCUGCUCCCAGAGAGAGGUGACUGAAUUAAAGGAAAUUUAGGCUUACCAGGAACGUAAACAGUGGGGAAAAUAGCAUCACAACUGAAGAAAACUUCACUUCAUAUAUUUAUUUCAUUGGCAUAAACUUGGUGCUUCAGAUCAGGAAACAAUGAGCUGGUUUACUCAAAUGCUGCAAAAACUGAUUAGUUUUCCUUACUUAGAAGAAUACUGGAGCUCAGUGGUUCACCCUUGGUGGUUUCGUAAGCUGCUGGUUUUGCUUUGUUCAUUAAUAAUAGGUAUAUAUUUGGCUGGCUGUGCUUGCUCAUUUUGGCUAUAUGUUUACAAGAAGAUGAAUAAGGACCAAGAAACUGAUUCUUAUAGCAAAAUUUGGGAAAAGCCAAGGAGAUUUAUUGCUCAUAUUGUAGAUACAUAUGGAAAGAUAUGGCAUGGUUUCGAACUUACUGGAACGGAAAAUCUCCCUAAAGGACCAGGGAUUAUUAUUUAUCAUCAUGCAGUUGCUCCUCUCGGCUAUAUCUUAUUUGUGGCUAGGUAUUUCUUAGAGAGGGAGAGAAUGUGCUAUUCAUUAAUGCAUCGUUUCGGGCAUUGGAUGCCAGGACUGCAGAUGUUUUUUUAUGUGAUCGGGUUGAAAUUUUACAAGCAAGCUGAAAUUGUGCAAAUUAUGAAGAAAGGCCAUUUACUGGGCAUUUCACCUGGUGGAGCUAGAGAAGCAAUGUAUAGUCAUGAUUACUCCUUUAUGUGGGGUAAACGCACAGGAUUUGCUCGGGCAGCAAUGGAGGCGAAAGUGCCCAUCAUCCCUAUUUUUACACAAAACAAUUGUGAAACGUACAGGACCAUUGGAAAGACAAGGCUGACACAAUGGCUAUAUGAUAAAACUCGAUGUAUGUACCUUCCCAUUUACGGAGGGUUUCCAGUGAAAUUGAGGACAUUUAUUGGAGAACCUAUCCCAUAUGAUCCAAAUAUAACAGCUGUGGAGCUGGCUGAAAGAGUAAAGACUGCACUUGAAAAUCUUCGGGAUAAACACCAAAAAAGGCCUGGAAAUAUAUUAAGAGCUCUUUCAGAACGAUUUGAUAAGCAUUACAAAGCUGACUAGUCCAUAUAAAACAGUUGCAGUGUUUCUGACAAGAUGCCUGUAAUAGAAAAAUUAAUAAUUAUCUUAUUAAAGCUAAAUUGAUAUAUACAGAA